CGGGGUCAUGACCUGAGCCGAAGGCAGACACUUAACAACUGAGCCACCCAGGCGCCCCAGGCACAGGUUAUCUUAUAUAGAGGAUGGAAGUGUCUGAAACUACGGCACUAGGCACAUGACUUGAUAAAUUUACUGGAAGUUUCUGAAGAAUAUACUUAUGAUGGGUUUUGUUAAAUAAAUUACGCUAUCUCAGUAAGUUGCUUAAUCAAAAAACUUGGCCCAAAAUAGUGACUGACAAAGCCGCUCCCUAGUUUGGCUCUGGUCCGUGUAGUCGAGCUCUUCCUGUAGUGCGCAGUCCUGGGCACUGAUGUCCACAGGUUUUCUUUCCCGGGGUCGGGUGCUGACGUUUCUAGUGUCUGCAGGGAAGCGGCGCUGAUUGCCGCUGCCACCUGAGUCCUUGUGCUGUGGGGAAGCACCUUGAGCCGGCUGCUGAGACGGUCAUCGGAGCUGAGCUGGGGGGCCUGCUGGCGCUGCUCUUGGGGCCGAGCUUUACUUCAGCGCACAGGAACUAUAGUCAGUUUUCCAGACCAGAAUUUGGGACUUGGGAAUCUGCCAAUAGCUUUCAUGCUCUGUCUGGAGCUACAUUUAGAGUCUGAGAGAGAUGGGGCCUCCAGGGCAGUGGAUCAGGCCCUGGUUUGGAUGCUGAUUGUAGAUGGGAGGAGGGGCUUCCGUAGGCUCUUCCUUGUGGAAGGUGCCAAGACAGCCCUCUGAAGGUGGGUGGGUGCUGGUGUGCAUGGUUUAGCACAGCGAUGCCUGCUUGUUCUCCUGGCUCUAGUUCAGCAGCUCAGGGAACUGCGGUCAGUGGCUUAGGGUCUCUCCAGAGUGAGUGCCUUCCCGGGGAUGGACAUCAGGGCGGUGUACCGGUGGCUAGUGGCUGCCCUUUGUGGUCAUCCUCAUGGCUGUGAGAACCAGUGGUAGGUUCACAGUGCUGCUUUGUCUUGAUUUGUUAGUGAAGCACAACGUGCAUAGACAACUGUGGAGUGUCGGGCACCCCAAGAGGUCUCUCCAGCUUCUGGAGGGUUGUCCUGGCCGUUCUGCUGAGCUGACCAGCCGUAAAGCUGGGCCCAGUGGGAGUUGGUGCCUUUUCUGUGUACUGAUGACUACCUGUAAGCUAGGGGGGUGUAGGAGGCAUUGGUCUCCAUGCUUCUGGGGUCACUGAGCAGGCCAGAGAAGAUAGCUAAUCAUGUUGGCUGAAAGCAGGCCUCCUAAAGCCGUCUGCUGCGUGCCAAGUGCAUGAGGUGGGGCACCCUCUUCCCCGUUGGGGAGUGGGGUUCCUGCAGAGCGGAAGGCUGCAUAGUGUCUGGUGUGGAGGGACAGGCACCAAACGGCCUGAGGCGUGUGUGUGCGGCAGACGGGCUGUGAGUCCGUACUUGCUCAACAGAGGCUGUGACCAGCCCUCGGCAUUCGCUGAGUGGAGGGGGGGAUUUGGCACCCACUUCCCAGCUGUCCAUUUCUCCUCUGCCUCUCACUGGCAGAAUUUGAUGUGUAAGCCUUGAGGAGAAGACGCAGGUCCUGCAGCCCAGUGAGAAGGCGACUGUGGCCUGCCGUGAGGCUGGACAUGUGGUGGGCUGGGUCCUAGAGCAUGCCAACCCAGUGCUGAAGGUCGGUCUGACUGUUCACCUUACCCGGGGGAUUGUGUGUGGUCUCUGGUCGUGUGGGCACAGUACAUUCACAGUGGCAGCCCUUCUUCUCCUUCCCAAGGAAUGUAAUGGUUAGGAGUUGGGUUCCAAAGAUUGUUCAGGGAUGUGUAGCGGAGAAGGGGGGGGUGUUGGUUCCAGGUGGGAUCUGGAUGCCGGCCACCUGACACCCCCGAGGUUUGAUGUUAAACUUGCCUCACUCCUAAGCUUUGGACCCAGUGGGAUGGCUCCUCUAGAACUUCCUUGGGACUGAUAGGGUGGAGGUGGUUUCCUUGUUAAUCUUUGGGAUGACCCCACCCGGACCCACCUAAUCCUGGGUGGGGCCCAGGGGUCUCCUCUCCUCCCACGCCCUUGUGACCAGUGGUCAUAGUAGGGCAUAUUGGUCUGGGAUAUUCCAUAGGUGGGACCUGGAAGGGGCCAAGAGCUCUGCGUGGGGAGUGAGCAGAGUACUGCCUGCCUGUGUCUUCUAGGUGUCCACCAUCCCCUGGAGUAGAGGGCUCGGCUCUGCCCCAUGUUUGCCCAGGGAGAGUAUCUGUCCACACGGGAGCAGCUCUUUGACCGCAUGUGUACGAUGGUGGGGGGACAGGGUGGCUGAGCAGCUGUUUUUUGGGCAGAUCACCACCGGGGCUGUUCAGUGCCUGUGACCUUGAGGAAGGUCACCCAGAGCACCUCUGCCCAGGUAAAGGGCAGCCAUCCUAGUGGGGGGCUCUGCAUGGCUGAGUCCCUCCAGGCUUACCCCCAGCUCCUUACUUCCAGAUUGUGUAGUUUGGGUUGAGUGAAAAGCUGGGACAGGUGUCCUUUGACUUCCCCCUCGACAAGGCGAGAUGCUGGUGGAGAAGCCACACAGCGAGGCCACUGCCCAGCCCAUUGAUGAGGAGGUGCGGCUCCCAUCAGCUCCGCCUGUCAGCAGGACCUGGACCUGCUGACCUGGUGCCAAGAGCAGGUGGACAAGGUGGGCAGGCCGCUGCUGGAGACGGAGGUGCUGGAGGAGGCCGACAUGGUGGAGCUGUUGGGGCCCGGGCCUUUGCGGAGAAGUCCACCCAUGAGGAGUUUGUGGAAGGCACCGGCAGCCUGCAGGAGAACGUGUCCCUUCCUCAGGGGCGGGAGGAGGGGACUGCAAAGCGCCACCUGCAGGAGAGCCCAGCUAGGAAAGCUCCUUCCAAAAUCACUGGAAAACAAAUUAAAACAUGGCGCCCAAGAAGAAAGGGAAGAAAGGAAAAACCAAAGGUACCCCGAUUGUUGAUGGGCUUGCUCCAGAGGACAUGAGUAAGGAGCAGGUGGAGGAGCAUGUCAGCCGCAUCCGCGAGGAGCUGGACCGUGAACGUGAGGAGCGCAACUACUUCCAGCUGGAGCGGGACAAGAUCCACACCUUCUGGGAGAUCACGCGGAGGCAGCUGGAGGAGAAGAAGGCCGAGCUGCGGAACAAAGACCGGGAGAUGGAGGAGGCUGAGGAGAGGCACCAGGUUGAGAUCAAGGUCUACAAGCAGAAGGUGAAACACCUGCUGUAUGAGCAUCAGAACAACUUGACGGAGGUGAAGGCCGAGGGCACCGUGGUCAUGAAGCUGGCGCAGAAGGAACACUGCACACAGGAGGGCGCGCUGCGCAAGGACAUGCGGGCGCUGAAGGUGGAGCUCAAGGAGCGGGAGCUGACCAACGAGGUGGUGGUGAAGAACCUGCGGCUGAAGCACAUGGAGGAGAUCACCAAGAUGCGGAAUGACUUUGAGAGGCAGGUGCGAGAAAUUGAGGCCAAGUAUGAUAAAAAGAUGAAGAUGCUUAGGGAGGAGCUUGACCUGCGGAGAAAGACCGAGAUCCAUGAGGUGGAGGAGAGGAAGAACAGCCAGAUCAACAUGUUGAUGCAGCGGCAUGAGGAAGCCUUUACGGACAUCAAGAACUACUACAAUGACAUCACCCUCAACAACCUGGCCCUCAUCAACUCCCUCAAGGAGCAGAUGGAGGACAUGCGCAAGAAGGAGGAGCACCUGGAGAAGGAGAUGGUGGAGGUGUCCGUGCAGAACAAGCGCUUGGCAGACCCCCUCCAGAAGGCUCGCGACGACGUGACCGAGAUGCAGAGGAAGCUCAGCAGCUACGAGAGGGACAAGCAGACCCUGCUCUGCACAAAAGCACGUUUGAAGGUCACUGAGAAGGAGCUGAAGGGCCUGCAGUGGGAACACGAGGUGCUCGAGCAGCGGUUCCUCAAGGUGCAGCAGGAGCGGGACGAGCUGUACAGGAAGUUUACUGCGGCCAUCCUGGAGGUGCAGCAGAAGGUGGGUUUCAAGAACCUGGUUCUGGAGCGGAAGCUGCAGGCGCUGAGUGCUUCUGUGGAGAAGAAGGAGGUGCAGUUCAGUGAGGUGCUGGCGGCCUCCAACCUGGACCCCGCAGCGCUGACCCUUGUGUCCCGCAAACUGGAGGAUGUUCUAGAAUCGAAGAACAACACUAUCAAGGACUUGCAGUAUGAGCUGGCCCGGGUCUGCAAGGCCCACAAUGACCUGCUGCGCACCUAUGAGGCGAAGCUCCUGGCCUUUGGGAUCCCUCUGGACAACGUGGGCUUCAAGCCUCUGGAGACGGCUGUGAUCGGGCAGACGCUGGGCCAGGGCCCCGCGGGACUCGUGGGCACCCCGACGUAGUGCCUGCCUGGGACUGUUCCCUGGAUGACCUUCCCUUUCACCAAGGACAGGAACUAUUUUUUUUUUACAUUUGUAUCAUCUGCAAAUGAAGGUUUUCUACAUU